AUGCCGAGUCUGAUAACUGCAGUUAAAGCAACAUCAACAUUAUGUAUAAUAUGGAGUGCAUAUGUAUUUGCAAAAACACGAUUGUUUUCCAGACGAGAUUCAGACAUUCAUAAUACUAUUGCAAAUAAGAAAAGGAAGUAUGAACAAUGUGAUGAAUCAGAAAUUUCUACACCUUAUGACAAUUAUUCUUCCGAAAAAAAUCUAUCAUCCUUGUCAAUUUUGAAAGGUAGUGUCAUAAUUCGCAAUGGUAUGAAUGCACUGUAUAAUUUAAUUCAUCAUGUAAAGUAUAAUGGCGAUGAUAAUGUUGCUACUGCUGUGUCUACAGACGCUGACGAUGUCACUUCAACAAAUCCAUAUAGUGAAUUCAAUAAAACCACUCAUUCAGAUGAAUUGGGUUUAUUUUAUAAAAUGAUAUGUGAUUUAAGUGUAAAGGCUGGAAUUACUACCAGUAAUAUUUAUAGUACUCCUCGUAAACGAAGUCGUUUAUUGUCUUUCAGCAAAGAUCCAAAACUCACUACAGAUUAUAUAUUACAUCUUUUGAUUUCAUACAGCAAGGAUCUUAGGUAUUUGGAUCACUUAUUCCAAUGUGAAAAUUUUGAACGUCUAAUCAAUUGGCUUAGUUCAAUCAGUCUUUCAGCAUUAAACAAUUCAGAUAAUAAUAAUAAUACACUAAUUAUUGGUAAACAUCAUUCUUCACCAUCAGUAAAUCAACUCUUAUUUAAUGUGGACCAAUGGACAAACGAAUCAUAUUAUUGUGAUAAUAAUACGGAUUUAUCAUUUGCAAAAGUAAAUAACUUGCCUGCUGUUCAUUUAGAAUAUCCUAUUCAUCUUUUAGUCGCUAAUUUUUUAGCAAACAUUUCACAGCAUCCAUCAAGUUCCGUUUUAAACAAGUAUGAAGAUAUCAAUAAAUUAAUCAGCCUCUGGAAAGUUUCUACAAGUUUGCAUUUAAAUCUUUUUGGUUCCAAGAUUGAUCAUAAUUUAAAAAUUCAUUCUAAAAUAAUUGACAGUUCAUGUUCUGAUUCGCUCAAUUCAUAUCCUAUCUACUGUCCAGAUGUUUAUAACAUAAAUGAUCCAAACAAUAUCAACGAAGAUUAUGAUUUUGAUAUUAUUUUUGUGAACGGUAUGCUGGGUAGUGUUUUCUACACUUGGAGACAACACGAUUCAAUGCUUACCAACAAUGCUACUCAAUAUACAAAAUGUUGGCCUAGAGACUGGCUUUCCCAUCGAUUUCCUCAAGCUCGAAUUAUUGGUGUUGACACGUCAUUGAAGCCAUUUGUUUGGCAUCCAAUUUGUCCACUUCAAAAGUUAAGGCGUACAUUAGAUGAGCGAGCUGUAGAUAUAAUGAAACAACUUAAAAAAGCAGAAGUUGGUCGUCGACCUAUAAUAUGGAUUACUCAUUCAGCUGGAGGUAUUCUUGUGAAAGAAAUGCUUCGAUUGGCUAAUUCUGUCAGCAAUGGUACUUCCGAGCAAUCGAAAAAUGAUCAUUCUGAGCCAUGUACCACGUCUAGCACUAGAGAGUGUGCACACAUUUCCCAUACUUAUGCAGCUUUGUCAGUUUUAAGUGGAGAAAACCAGUCUGUUUCUGAAUCCUCAAUUUCUAAAACCGAUCAAUCCUGUAAAUGGUAUUGUCACGAAACUGACCAGGAGAAUGAAAAUAUAUCGAGUCCUAGUUUUAUGUCUUUUGUUGACGAUAAAAACGCCAAUUUGUCUGAUAAAUAUCUUGAAAAUCGUAUGUAUUAUUCAUCUAGUUGUUCUGAUGUUCUGUCCAAACGCAGUAGUGACGCAUCAUUCCUAACCACUUUAUUCGAUAGUUCGAAAAUAGAUCCUGUAAAUUACCAAACAUUAGCAAGCAGUACACAAGCAGUUGUAUUUAUGAGUACACCACAUAGAGGAAAUCAAUCGGUGCACACUUUAUAUCGUCGUCCAUUCCGAUGGGCACUUACUCCUGAAGCUAUUCAACUUGAAAAAAAAGAUCAGAAGACUGCAUUUGAUUAGCAUCAUCAUCAAACAGACUGCAAAAAAUGACAAUCCUGUUGUAGGGAAAGGAUUCAAACUAUUUGUUGGAUCUCCAUGUUUGGUUUAAUCUAUGGGUAUAUAGUCAUAAAGUACAAAUCUUAUCUAUGGUUGAGAGUCGUGUAACACCAAUCAACAGAUUUUGGUCUGUUUUAAUUGUCCCUGAAGAUGUUAAAGAUCGAGAGAUGGGUAAAUUGGUACGUAUCGAUUCAGAUCAUUUAUAUAUAAGUAAACCAAUGAAUCCUUCUGAUCUAUCGUAUACCAGUAUUGUUAAUUUUAUCGAAAAUCUAUCAUUAUGUAAACAGUUACCUGUGAAUACUAAUAAAACAACCUUUGUAAUUUCCCAUAUUUCUAGAGUACAUUAAAAGUUUCGUAUUAUUAUAAUAGUUUCUAAUCUCAUUAACUUUUCUCAGUUCAUCAGUGAACAGAAGAGGUUUAAUUUGUUAUGUAUGUUUUCAAGUCGUGAAAAUUUUUCUGUUUGUUUGUUUGACUAAUUCAUUAUUUGUACAGGCUACUUAUCUUAGUUAUUUUUUAAUCUCUCUUUCCCGAAGAUUAGUCUAAUAUAAUAUUUUUUAUUAUUUUGGAAGUGAUAUUUUGAUUUUUUUUUUCGGUGACUCUGUACAGUGAAGUAUGUGUGUAUGUGUGUCUUCACCUUUGAUUUCUCCCCACAAUGUGUCUUUUCUAGAUUAAUCUAUUUCUUUUUAAGCGGAAUUCAAACUGUUACCUGCAUUAUUUUGUAAUUUAUGAUAUACAUAAAGUGAUAAUUAAUAAAUUAAUCCAUCAGUAAUUGUGUUAUUUAAAAAUUAAGAGAAUAUGUGUAUUUAUCGCCAGAUGUAUCAUGAAUAAAUCUAUUCAAGUGUGCCGAUUUAGUGUGUACCUACUGCUAAGUAUAAUGUAUUAUUGGAGACUGUUUGUAGGAACCACACAAUUUAUGUUUUUGUGCUAGUUUACACUUGAUCAAGGUGUAUUUGAAACCUUCGGUGAAUUAACGUUCACCACGCAGUUCGAAUCCGCACUACCCAACUACUUAUGCCAUAACUGAUCUGUAAGAUUAAGAUAUUUUGGAUUACUGAAUCAAAUCAUAUGGUACUUGUGCCCGGUCAAUUUCUGUCGAUCGAUUUGCAAUAUAGUUUACUAACUUUCCAUUCAGCCGUUCAUGAUGCAAUCCGUUUUUACGCUGGUAGUCACCGUCAUGUUCGUGUGUUGCAGUUCAUGACUCAUUAACGUUACGAACUAGCAGUGACACUAGUAUUCACAGUCUGCUAACUAAAUUGGUUAUUUAAACGAGAAUCGAUUGGAUUGCUUGUUUUGGGCUGAAC